CCGGCACUGAGCUCAGCAACUUCCCCUUCAGUUUCAUUUCUCAGCAACAGGCCAGGCUGGUCUUUCUAUCUCUAUGGCAGAGGCAAAGGAAGAGUUUAGCAAGGCUGCAGACUUGGAAGAUGAGCUCAGCUGCCCUGUCUGUCUGUGCCUCUACAGAAACCCCGUUUCCCUGACCUGUGGCCACAGCUUCUGCAAAGAAUGCAUCCAGAAAGCCCUGAACGCCCAGCAGCAGUCCAAGACCACCUACUUCUGCCCCAUGUGCAAGGUCGAGCUGGGGCCCUUCCUGGAGCUGCAUAAGAAUUUCCAGCUCUGCAGUAUCGUGGAGACGUUUAAGGCCACCGUUUCGAAGGGAAAGCAGGGCAAGGAGAAAGGCACUCAGAAAAAGAUGGUUCCCUGCGAUUUCUGCCUGGAGCAGUCUCAGACAGCAGUGAAAAUCUGUCUGACCUGUGAGGCAUCCUUGUGCCAAGCCCACCUGACCAAACACAAUGCCAAGAUUUUACAAAGAGACCACGUCUUGGUGGAAGUCACUGUUGGCUGCUCCCUGGAGGACAGGAAGUGCUGUGAACACAGCAAGCUCCUGGAGUGCUACUGCGAAGAUGAUGAGACCUAUAUCUGUGUGUUGUGCUCCAUCACGGGCUCCCACAAGGGCCACAGUGUCAUCACCAUGAAGGAAGCAUAUGACCAGGAACUGGCUGUUCUGUCUGAGACUGUGAAAUCAAUAAGGGAAAACAGAAGUGCCCUGAAUAAAGCCUUGGAGGAGCUACAGAAGAGUGAGAAUCAGCUCAAGAUCAAUACGAAAACCUUGACUACUCAGCUGUCCAACCUUUUCAAGGAGAUCAAGACAGAGGUGGAGCAGAAAGAGAAGCAGAUCCUGUGUGACAUACAAUCCAAUGAGAAAAAGCAGCAGGCUGACCUUCUCAAAGUGAAGAAGCAAAUGGAAGAGCAGAGAGACAAAGCUACACAGAGUCUUCAGGAAUUGCAGAUGAUGAGAGGGCAGACAGACUCCUUUCUCUUCCUCAGAGAAUUUAAGUCAGUGAAGGACAGGAUUAAGAAUCAGGAUUUCAGCAUUGACAGCAUAGAUGUGUUGGCAACACAGCUGAGUCAGAUAACAAUUGCACACAUCAGAAGUGAGACACAGACGUAUAUCUCAAGCCUAGAUUCGAUGAUGGAAGAAGUGCACAGUGAAAUCAUUAACCAAAUGCAGCAGACCAGAGCAACGCAAAGCACCAGUCUCUCUUUUGCUGACCCCUUCCUAUAUCAUCCAUUUCAAUGGAAAUAGACUGAGAAGGUCAAGCAGCAAGUGCAGAGUGUAAAAAUCAAGGGAAAGGAUGUGGUGAAUGAAAGGAUGACCAUGCUAGAGGUUGGUCCACAUACUUCCAGAAGUAACAGAGACCUGAGAAAGUCAGAAAAAACUGAAACAAAGAAGUUAAGUUCAGUGUU